GAACGUAUAAGGUAUGUAGCAAUCAUUGUUUGCGGUCAUCUAUAAAAUAGUUGCUGAGGCCCGACUUUCUCAUCUAAACCAGCGUUAGUUAAUGCUGUCCUCUCAAAAAUAAAAAUCAAGCUUUUAUCGUAGUGUCCGUCAAGUCCUCAUACAUUAGGUGCUUAUCCUAGUAUCAUCUAUGGGUAUCACACAAUUAAACCAAAGUCGAUUAGUUCUAUCGUUGGUUCUGUUCACUAUACUGAUCCUCUUCUUCCGGAGCGCCGGUAAAUUUAACGAUCCCGAUCCAGCCAUCGUGAACAUGUCAGACACGGGCGACGUCAUCUCGAAACUGAAAGUGUCAGUCCGCCAAGUCAGCAGCGCAUCGUCCUCCACGCCGAAGCUAGCAGUCACUGUCACCAAUACGCACUCUAGCGCCGUGACGAUCCUGUCCUGGAACUCCCCUCUGGAUCCGUUAGCGUUACAGUUAGGCCUCGUGUCUUUUGUACACGCCGAUAACGACAGCCCCAUUCAGAUUCCGACAAUCCAGGUCAGGCGUAAAAUGCCGCCGGGGCCGGACGCCCUAGUCGAGAUCGGGGCGGGCCAUAUUAAAGAGCAGGUCCUAGAGCUCAAGGAUCCUAUCGUGCCACUGGAGGAGCUACGUGGCAAAGUGAGGGUCGCUUGUGCAGGAGAGUGGAUGGGUGUCUGGCUGUCAAAGGCCGACGCCGUUACUAAGGCUUCCCUGGAGAAAGCUGGCGCCAGUGACGACGCAUUUCGGGGGCCUUUCCAAAGUGAGACAGUCGAUAUGGAGAUAUAAGCCACCCUAAGUUAGCUUAGUUGGGAAGGCAUUUGUAUAGGUGUCGAGGCCUGAUCGUAUGAGAGCAUUGUUAUCGUCUAAAGUCUUCACGAAGAUGGUGGGGUAUAAAUUAGUUAUUUUAAUGAGUAAAUUGAAGCUAUUCGAUAUCGACCAGACGCUUUAAGCGUGAGCAUAUUCAUUCCUCUAAUCUCCAAGAUAUGCUGGAUGAAGGGGAUAUGUCCAUGAUGAACACUUGGACUGCAAGGUGAGGUAUCAUUUAAAAGAGUUGUAAUAUG